ACAGGCCCGGUCACGCAGCCAGCACGCGCACACAUACAUGGUGUAUAUACAUGUGAGGUUACCACAGUGAGGCUGCCAACCUGUCUAAAGAAGCUGGCUGCUCGGGAGGGGUAAACAACCCACACCAUGCUACCUGACAAAGACGGUCCAGGUGUUGGAGGCGGACAGACCUCUCCGGAGGGAGAGGACCCGUCUGUGAGUCUGUUUAGAGACUACCUCUGUCUCAAAACCGUCCACCCAGAGCCUGAUUAUGAUGCUGCUCUUCAUUUCUUGGACAGAAUAGCAAAGGAACUUGGGCUACCCAUGAAAAUGAUUGAGGUGUGUCCAGGCAGAGUUGUGUCAAUCAUGACAUGGGAAGGGACGAACCCGGCCUUGAAAUCUAUAUUACUGAAUUCCCACACAGAUGUUGUACCUGUUUUCCAGGAACAAUGGAAAUACGAUGCUUUCAGUGCUUUCAAAGAUGCAGAGGGCAACAUUUAUGCCCGGGGAACACAGGACAUGAAAUGUGUAACUAUACAGUACAUCCAGGCAGUCAGAAGACUGAAGGCAGAGGGACGGAAACUGAUGCGCACUGUGCACCUGAUGUUUGUUCCUGAUGAAGAAGUUGGAGGUCACAAGGGAAUGGAAACAUUUGUGACGCAUCCAGAGUUCCAAAAAUUAAACAUUGGCUUUGCCCUCGAUGAAGGUCUGGCUAACCCUGCCGAUGCCUUCACUGUGUUUUAUGGUGAAAGGAACCCCUGGUGGAUCACAAUCCACUGCCCAGGUAGCCCUGGACAUGGGUCUAGGUUUGUGGAAAACACAGCCGCUGAGAAGCUGCGGCAAGUCAUAAACUCAUUCCUGGACUUCAGAGAGCAGGAGAAGCACAGGCUGAAUACUAGUGAGUGUUUCACACUCGGUGAUGUCACUACAGUUAAUAUGACCAUGGUCCAAGGGGGCGUGGCCUACAAUGUUAUCCCAGCAGAAAUGGACGUCACUUUUGACCUAAGGAUACCACCUACGGUUAAUCUGCAGGAGUUUGAAAGACAGAUCAAACAGUGGUGUAAGGAAGCAGGAGAAGACAUCACUUAUGAGUUUGCUCAGAAACAUAUGAACCAGAAUAUCACAUCGACAGAUGAGAAUGAUCCCUGGUGGAGAGCAUUCACUGCAGCCUGCAAGGAAAUGAAUAUGACUCUGGAAAAGGAGAUAUUUCCAGCAGCCACAGAUAGCCGUUUUAUCCGAGCGAUUGGUAUCCCUGCUAUUGGCUUUUCCCCAAUGAACCGGACACCAAUCCUGCUGCACGAUCACAACGAGUAUCUGAACGAGCAAGUCUUCCUGAAAGGCAUCAUUGUGUACGAGAAGCUCAUCCCAGCUCUUGCCAGUGUUCCUGCCUUUCCUGAUGAGGCUUAGAAAAGCCCUCAUUUUAAUCAUCUCUAAAACACAUUUCAGUGAUCAUAAUAUUUAACUUGAAAAGUUUGCAGAGAUUACCAAAGAACAAUAACACUGUAAUCAUCACACUAAACUGAGCAUUUAGCCUAUGGUACUAUUGAUUUUUUUUUUUUUUUUUACUGUAAUGAUUCUCAGGAUAUACACUAGGUGCAGUAAGCUUUGCAUUACUCAGUAUUGCAGAAGUUUAACAGCAUAAUACAUCAUCAGAGUGUGCCUGUAUAUUAAAUGCAGCCAUAAAGAAAUAUCACUGAUUGUGUAAACCAUGCUUUCCAUUAUUUGAAAAUGACUUUGAUUGAUAGGCUCUUAUAUCAAAAGUCAAUUAAAUACCACAUUUUAAAUGUAGCUUGAUUUUAAAAUUUUGAUUCCAGAAAUACAAUUUUAUUUAAUAAACUAGAAUUGA